CACUUCCUCCUCCUCGCUCGCGCGCCGGGGCCGGGGACCCGCUCUUGCCCGCUCUCUGCUCUGCUAUCGACAAUUGUCUCCCCGGACUGUGCUUUGCGGCUGCUUGCGGCCGUUCGCCGCGAGGCCAACUACUAGAGGACUUGGGACGCAAAACUGAUCAAUUGAGAGGGUUGCGGUCGUCGCGGUGCAGGCCCAGCAGCAGCCGCCUGCCCAGCUUGUUGUGGUACCGAGCCUAGCAGACGAAGCGAGGUUAGGACGGGUGGCUCCCCGAGGCUCUGGUCCUGAUCCUGGUCUUGGUAUCCUCCUCCACCGCAACCACCCGGGUGGGGCGACUCGUGAUGCAGUCAUACUUGUUUUUGGUGGUAACGACUGCCCUUUUGCUGGCAAGACCUCACCAUGGCCAAGCAGAAGUGUAUACAGCAUUGGCUGAUAUGGAGGGCUUGCUGGAAACAGAAGGUGUCCUCAUUGAGUCACUUUCUACCUUCAUAAAAGCUCAAGAGGAUAUGCUUAACCAGCUCAGGAGGUACCAUGCAGAUUUUUCCAGAGAACAUGACAAGGCCAGUCAAGAUGUACAAACCUACCUCUCUAAUCCUAUUAAUGCGUACACCCUAGUUAAACAUCUCACUACAGAUUGGAAAGACAUUGAAAAUCUUCUUGACGACAGCAAAAUGAAAGAAUUUCAACUCAAUGUGUCAAAUUAUCACACCGUCCUAAAAUUCCCAACUGAUGAAGAUCUGAAUGGUGCUGCUGUAGCCCUGAUGCGCCUACAAGACACCUACAAACUUGAUACAUCAGCCGUGGCUAAAGGUCUCAUUAAUGGUGUUCAAUAUAGCACAGGUCUCACAGCUGGCGACUGCUUUGAAUUAGGACGCCAAUCUUAUAAUAACAAAGACUUUUACCAUACUGUGCAAUGGAUGACAGAGGCUCUUCAAAGAUAUAAUGAGGAAACAAACAAGACAAUUACCAAAGCAGACAUUUUAGAGUAUUUGGCUUUUUCAACCUACAUGGAAGGCAAUGUUCAUUCAGCACUUGAAAUGACUGAUGAAUUGUUGACUCUGUCGCCCAACCACAAUCGUGCCAUGGGUAACAAGGUAUAUUAUCUCCAAGAUAUAGCUACAAAAGGCCUAGUGAAAAAAAAGGGGGAGGAUGGUAACUCUGAUAUCAUCUCAAACUCGCAGCAAUUGACUGUUGUAGAAAAGAAACUAGGUGACAUUGAUGAACUCCCAGAACGUGAGCUUUAUGAACGUUUAUGCAGGGGAGAGGUUAAAAGGUCUCUUGCCAAAGAAGCAAAAUUAAAGUGCCGCUAUGUUCAUAAUGAUAACCCUUUCCUAUUUUUGGCUCCUUUUAAAGUAGAAGAGGCUAGCCUGAGUCCAAAGAUAGUACUGUUCCACAAUGUCCUUUCUGACCCUGAAAUUGAAACAAUUAAACAUUUGGCACAGCCACGGCUGAAACGAGCUACAGUUCAAAAUUAUAAAACUGGAGAACUAGAAGUUGCGUCCUACAGAAUUAGUAAGUCUGCCUGGUUAAGAGAGGAAGAACAUCCUCACAUUGCAACAGUGGUUCGCCGUGUUGAGGAUAUGACUGGAUUAACUUGUGACACUGCAGAGGAACUGCAGGUUGUGAAUUAUGGCAUUGGUGGUCAUUACGAGCCUCAUUUUGACUUUGCUCGGCGAGGAGAAACAAAUGCUUUCAAAUCUCUUGGAACAGGCAACAGAAUAGCCACUACUCUCUUUUAUAUGAGUGAUGUCCCUCAAGGUGGAGCAACUGUUUUCCCUCAUUUAAGAGUUGCCCUGUAUCCUAAGAAAGGCACAGCAGCCUUCUGGUAUAACUUGUACCGUAAUGGGGAAGGUGACUAUCGCACUCGUCAUGCAGCAUGCCCCGUACUUACUGGAUCAAAAUGGGUUUCCAACAAGUGGCUUCAUGAGAGAGGACAAGAGCUGCUCCGAAAGUGUGGCUUGGAUUCAAAUGAAGACUGAAACCCUCAAAGAGGAGAAAAACAACACUGACACGCACAAAGCACCCCGGCAGCUGCACUUCUGGAGUUUUUCUAGUGAAAUCUUUUUAUUUGAAAUUUAAAUCAGCUGAUAUCAGUCAUCAACACAAUAAAACAAUAUUGUUUUAUUGUGUUCCAGUUCAUACUAUUGUUUAUCUUGAUUUAAUUUGCUCUCUUCAAAUUCAUGCAAUUAGGUUGGAUUGCUUGGAUUUAGUAAACCUUGAAUGUAUCAUUUUAGAACACUAUCCAUAUUUUUUUUACCUUAUUGUAGACACCAAUUUUUAAUUUUGUUGUAUGGUUUUUAGAAUUUUGUUUCACUCUUAAUUUUUUUCUAAGAGCUGAAGUGCUAACAAGAUAAAAUGAAUACAGCACUUUUCAGCUUGAAAGUGGAACAGUCUUCUUAUGUUAUCAAUGACAAUGUAAAGCUGGUUUCACAAUGAGGACCUUCUUGUAACUCAAGUUAGUUUUCAAGACAAUUAUUUUCAAGUUUCAAAUACCAAUAUCAUUUGUGGACUCGACUAAUCUUGAAGUCUUUUGAUUGAACAAGGAAGAACAAUGAAUACUUGAAUGUGAUUUAAAACUGAAAGUAGUAUUUAGUUAUAGAUGUGAGGUCUCAUAUUGUGGGGCUACCAUAAAUAUCUUAAGACCAAGUAUUUCAGUGCAGGUUUUUUUUUUUUCUCUCAUUUAGUUUUUAGUAAUGGAAUAGGUUGGAGCAAAUCUCUCUGGGUUUUGAGAUCUUCCUUUUCCUAUUGUAAAUCUCUAUGUGAAGGUGAAAUUUUGUCCUAUUGUAAGCUGAAAGUAUCUUUAAGUUUGUCAUUAUUGUUGAGUUCCCCCUUUAUUAAGCAUGUUUGGUCCUGGCUCUGCCUUGGCUAACUGCAAGCACACCUGAAUAGUGCUCUAUUCAAAUUAGCUUGUAAGAAAGUGUACAUACUGUUGUCAAUCUAGUAUUUUAAGAAAAAAUUGAUAUUUCAAAUUCUCUAUGACUGUGUUCUUACUUGUGUGUAACUACUGUGCUUUGUCAUUGUUCCUUUUUUGGCAAACUUCACUUUUUAUAUCAAAGGCAUGAAAUCUGAAGAUUUGUUGUAAUUUUAUUUGUUAUUGUGCCAUAUAAUUGUUGAUAAGAAAUAAGACAUGGUGACUUACUUUGGUAAAUCACCCAAUCAACCAACUAGUUAGGAGAUAAGUUAAUUUUAAUCUAAGAAAGAAAUCCAGUGCUUAUUUAUCUAGUCCUGACCUUUGUGCAAUUGUGUACUCUCAAAUGUCUGGCCUUAUGUGAUCUUUCAUUUUAAUUUUUUGACCCUUCAAGUGUACAGUAAACUUGAACACACCAAAGCCUUAAAUUUAUGAUGCAUUUUUUAGGUUGUAAUACAUAAUUAAAUAAAGUUGAUUCUCAUUCACUUAA